CUCGAGUUAUGGCUUACUAUUACUUUGGACGUUGUUGGAACUUACAUGACGACUUCUACGGAACCGCCUUACUAUCUCUUGGUAUCUCAUUCGUCUCUUCAGCACAGCUCAGGUCUUAGUUCCAACUCCCUCGCCCAUGCAAGCGUAGAAUAUCGCUAUGCGGACGACUCGCCUUUGGUGCUGUUGUCGCGUCAUCCUGACGAGCAUGUUCUUGUGUUAAAUCAUGAUCCGGCGAAAGGAGACAUACCAACGGUCCAGAGCACUUCUAGUCAUAUGGCUGUGACAGGCAUCAAGGUGUCUGUGGCACCUGGCGCUAGCGUCAACGAGGACCACAGCACGAACGAUAAUAUGUAUGUUCUAGAAGUUGUAUCCACUUCUGACGACCAGUAAGUGGUUCCUUUUUUGCCAGUCGACUUGAUGAGACCUCAGUUUUUCUCCUCAGCUUGAGCAUGGAGUCAUCCCAUGUCUACUUGCAGAAUCCCCAAGCAAUAGUUGCUCGGUUCAAACAGAGGUCUGCUCAGUUUAAUUGUCAAGUCUCUGGCUCUAUAAUCUCCACAGAAAUACGG